AUGCUGAUUGAUUCAAUGAACUUUAACUGUUCGAGGUCUGGUGUUAUUCAAGAAGGUGACAGAGUAAUAUGCAUCAAUGGUCAAUCCACACUCAAUAGAACUAUUGAUGAACUUAUUCAACGAUAUCUACAACCAAUUGACUUUGAAAAGAAAUAUUUUCGUGUUCAAUCGUUGACACUUCUGAUACAGUAUACUGUGGCGGAUUCAGUUGUUCCAGCAACUGGAAUUUUCGAUGUUAAACUGAUUAGAAGAUCAGCAAGUUUGGGUAUUAAUUUGCAAGCAUCGAUCAAUAAGACAGCCGGACAACCGCUGUUAAUUAGUAAAGUUAUACCUGGUAGUGUAGCAAGUCGUAGUGGUUCAAUUAAUCCUGGUGAUAUCCUGUUAGCCGUCAAUGGUAUUCAUCUAUCAUCAUGCAGUCUUUCUGAGGCUAUACAACUUCUACAAUCACCAGAUGAAGAUAUUAUAGUAUUGAGAAUAAAAAAGAUGGAUACAUAUUCAACUACACCGGGAAUGACAAUCAAGCAUGGAUCAGACAGUUCUGCUUUGCAUGAUUAUCCUUAUGAUGGUCUACAACAUCGACAUUAUCAUCCUCAUCAACACCAACAGAAAACAUCUUAUCGAAAAAGUUUCGAUGAAAAUCUAAUUAACAAAUGUACAAAAUCUGAUACACAUUAUAGAACAGUUCAAAAUGAAGAUUCUGAUGAUCGUGGAUAUUCAAAUGAAGAUGCGAAAAAGCUUUCAGAUAAUAAUACAUCAUCACUAUCCUCCUUUCCACCGAGUCAGUCUACACGUAAGCCACACCAACAUCAACAUUAUACAACACCUUUACAACAGUAUCCAAUUGAAAAGUUGUUUCCUAGUGAAUCAGAAGAAACAAGAAAACUACUAUACAAACAUGGUGAUCGUAACACUGGUAGUCCUACACAUCAAGAAUAUCAGCAUCGAGUUAAUCACUGCCAAAAUGUAAAAGGUCAAAGGCUUAAUCAAGAAGAGUUAGACAAUGUACUUAGCCAUUGCAUGAAUUUAAAACUAGAUUCUUCAAUCGAACCUGAUAUGAAUGUUGUACAAGUGAUAUUAAGACGAAAAUCACCUGAUUGCCCUUGGGGUAUUACAAUAUGCGGCACUGAUGAUGCACCAGAUAUCCCAGUUUUAAUUGAUUCAAUCAAUCCUGGUGAUCCUGGGGGUGAAUGUGGUUUAAUUCAACCUGGGGAUCGUAUACUAGCUAUAAAUGGUAUCACAUUGCAUAAUGGUCAUACACUUACACAGGCUAUGCGUAUGUUACAGCAUUUCCCUGAUAAAGUGAUAUUGCAUAUAGCACGGAAAUCAAAUUUCUCCUCAACAACUAAUAACUCUUUAUCGAUUCCUACUAGUGCUAUUGUGACAUGUGGUGGUAUUAGUAUUGUGCAGAAUGAACAAGCAGCUAACAAAAUGACCGGUGAAAUAAUUAAUAAACAAACAGAAUGCCUUAAUCAACCACCUCUAUCGAGAAAAUGUACACUUGUAAAGGCUGUUGCAACAAGCAAUUUCAGUAGAUCAUUUGAUUCUAUAUCAAAUAGUUUCAGUUCAAAUUCAGUAUCGAAUAAUUAUUCUGACGGUCAACCUAUCGUUGGACGUACACCAGUAUUUAAUAGUAACAUAAAUAAUAAAAAUGCCAACAAUAAUAAUAUCAAAGUAUACAGCUCAGGACAUUACUGUGACGAAAUAAAACAGUCUGUACAAAAGUCAAAGACAAUUUAUGAUUCUAAAAGUGGUGCUCAAGCUAUGGAUAUGUCAUGGAUUGUUGCCGGUAAUCAGUCAGAGAAAAAUACUGGUAAAGAACCAAUUACUUCCAGUCGUUCCAUAUCAAAACCAUCAACGACUGUUUUGAGUUCAACAUCUGGUAUGCAUAGCGAGAUAAGUGCUAAACCCAUACCUGUGGAGAAUUUAAAUUUAAAAGUGCCUUCAAACAAGGCUCGAUCACAGAAGACGCAAUCCCACCAUCGUUGUUCUUCAUCAUCAUCUAGACGUGUAAAUCAACCGACUGUAUCACAACAACAAUCCCAUCUACUACUGCAAUCAUCAUCUAACGAUGAACCUCAAAUUACAGAAAAAGAAAGAUCAAAGUAUUCUCAGCCAUUUGUUCAACAAUACUUAGAUCCUACACUAGGUGAAAUAAAUGAUGAUAAUACACCACAACAUUAUAAUGAUUCUAGUCAUUACCCAGUAUACCCUCCACCUGAACAUCAACGACACCCAUAUUAUACAAAUCAGAAGUAUGCAAGAUCAUAUACAGACUACCUUCAAAUGGAUUUGAAUUUUAUUCAGUGUUCAGGUUGUAGGAAAGCGAUUGAAAAGGAUAUUAAAUAUUAUUUAUCAAGACAACAAAAAUCAUUUGAGGCACCACGAAGAGCUUCUUCAUCACACAGAAAAGAUACAACUAGAUCAACAUCUGAUGCACAGCUUGUAUCUAGUCACUUUGAACCAGAUUUCGAUAAUGCUCAACUUCAUCAUCAUCAGCAGCAGCAGCAACAAUAUGCACAAUUACACUAUUCAUCAGGAAAUAAUAAAUCAACUGCAAAUCGAAUGGUGGCCUACGAACCAUCGACUUCUCAUUAUGAACAACAACAUCAUCAACUACAACAAACACCCCUAAAACAACAUUCCAAUUAUGCAGAAGAAAAUAGUCAAGGGAAUAAAGGAAAAGUGACUUCUUCACAUAUGCUCACUGAUCAUCAUUCAAAAUCUGACAGUCGAUUAGAUUUGAUCAGAUCAAUAGAUCUAAGUGAGGACAGCUCAGAUGUAGAUAAAAGAAAUAGCUUAAGUGUAUCUUAUCCAACUAAACAGACAGUUAAAUCUUCGCAGAUGCCUGCACCACAGAAUAAAUAUAACUGUCAGUCUCCUGCUUUAGAUAAAACAGUCUCAAGAAUUAAAUCAAACACAUUAGGAUCACCAAUGAAUAUUAAAACUAGCCAAUCACAAUUUCCGAAUAGUAUUCAAAGAUCACAUUCUAAAAAAUCUAAAUCCAACAAAACAUCAAUUGCGAAAAGCCUGAAACAUGAUCACUUUACUGAAUUGAAUACUUGGUGUACAUGGAUUCGAUUGAAGAAGACAUCAACUACAGAUUCAUAUGGGAUAGGUGUAUCUGAAGGGAUCUCUACUCUGGGGAUAUUUGUCAGUGCAAUUCGUCCAAAUUCACCAGCUGAUUUAUCUGGUAAACUUUUUCUAUACGAUCGAAUUUUAAUGGUGAAUGAUACUCCAGUCGACAAUUUAACCUGCAGUGAAGUAGUAAAUCUUAUUAGUCGAUCAGAAAAACGAUUAGAUCUGUUGAUACAACGUCGUAUAACAAAGCAAUCUCAGCGAAGUAAACAUUCGCAUCAGAAUGAAAUGGUUGAAUUUUCUAAUAAAUCCUCACACAGUGGAGGGAGUGGAGUAAAAUCUGGCGUUGUGUGUACAUCUUCCAUUGAUAGUGAGCAUAUAAAUAUCACAGCUUUAUAAACUUUAUCAUUCCUCUUUUUCAAGGCUUCCAUAGUCCUUAUGAUGAAACAUUGUUUUCGGUAGAAAUUUGAAGUGUUACAAUUAAAAAAAAAACACAACCCGAUGUAGCAUUUUGAUAACUAUGUACAUAUAAUUAUAAUAAUAACAACCAUUUUCUGUUGUUGCAUAAUGUUACUACUUACAACUUUGAAAGUAGUUUAAAAUUUCUACUAGAAAUAACAAUCUAUUGGUUUUUUUUUUCUCAGAUUGCUACUUUUAAAUCAACCAUAAAUCUGUAUUUCUUCUUCCUUUUACAAAUAAUACUUUAGAUCACCAAGUAGUGAUAUUUUUCAAAAUGUCUCUACUUUUAUUUUUGUGUUAAUUGUAGUCGUAUAAUGUCAUCAAUCCAUUUGAAUGAAAGAGUGAAACAGUACAUAUAUAUGCUUCUUGUACAAAAUAGAUGAUUAGAUUUCUUUUAGUUCAUUGUACUUCAUUCAUAUACAUUCAGUGGAACACAAUCUGUUUGUGUGCAUUCAAAAUGAAAUUUAGUAUUCAGAAAUAAAUUCGAUUAAAGAAUUACAACUUUAGACAUAUGCUUUAGAUAAUUAGGAAUUAAUUCCAGUACUUUUGUGGUGACCACUGAAUUAUUCUGUUUAGAUCUAUUCUUCGUUUUCUCAUUAGCAGUGAUAAGUUUCAUCAUUUUUCAGACCCUGUGAAUCUAUCAUCAUCUUUUUUUACUGAAUGAUUCUGUCACUUUCACUGGACAGACAGACUAUUGAUGCGUCUUUUCUUUUUGUUUUCAAUCUAUUGUUUCUUUUAACCUCUGUUGUAUAGCAAUUAUACAUAUAUGACUACUAGAAUAGUAAGCUAUUAUUGUCGUUACUAUUGUUAUGACAACUGUUGCUAUGAUAGUAAUUAGCUAACUUAUACACAAAUAAUAGUAAGCAAAUGAAUUCAAAAGACAAAAGUUGGUAUCCUGGCUUCUAAGUGUGUGUUUACUUGAUUCUAAAGCUAUCCCUCACGGUUUUA